UCCUCAAUCUGCGUCUGAGUCUCUGAGGAGACGGCAGGACGGACGCGCUCCGCUCCUCUGCUGCCAAAAACUCACCAGAAACGUCAUCAGAUUAAAGUGGGAAACUUUUAUCCUUUUUUCUGCACCGGCUGGAAAAGGAGGGAAAGACGCGACCGUCGCUCUGUUUGGGAAUUCAUCUUGAGUUAAUCCUAUUUUCCUGGGGGAUUUGGAAACAGCGGCAAUGAGCGGUGAGAAAAACUCCGACUCCAACAAGCUGGAGUCGGUGAUCCAGCGGCUGGAGGAGAGCGUCCUGUCUGAGGAGAAGAGGCUGACCGUCAGGGGCCCGUCACCGGAUGCGGCCCCUACAUGUCUGCCGGCCAGAGUCCGAGAGAUCGUCACCAAGAACCUCAACGAUACCAAGCGGGUUUUUUUUUCUCUGUCAGCAGCUGGGGCCAUGUCCUCCGUCAUGUCCGUCCAGGAGGAGAACCGGGUUCUGCAGGGAGAGCUGGCCCGGCUGGAGGACCUGCUGGCCCACAGCAGAGCCGACCGGGACGAGCUCGCCAUCAAGUACGGCGCCAUUAGCGAGAGGCUGGAGCAGGCGCUGCGGCUUGAAACCGGGGAGGGCGACCUCGACUCGCCCGAGUCGCGCAGCCUGGCCCAGCAGAACGUGGACCUGCGGCGACGGCUGGACGAGGAGCAGGCGGCCUACAGGCGUAAACUUACCGCUUACCAGGAGGGCCAGCAGAGGCAGGCGCAGCUGGUGCAGAAGCUGCAGGCGAAGGUUCUGCAGUACAAAAAGAAAUGUGGCGAUCUAGAGCAGAUGCUUCAGGAGAAAUCCUCCGAGGUGGAGAAAGGCACGGUGGGUAGCAACAGCGAAACGUCAAACGGACGACAUCAGGAAGACGUGAGCAGCAACCUGGAGGAAGCUUUGAUCCGGCUGGAGGAAGAGCAGCAGAGGAGCAGCAGCCUGUCGGCAGUGAACGCGAUGCUGCGGGAGCAGUUGGAGCAGGCGGGUUUGGCCAACGAGGCUCUGAGCCAGGACAUCCGCAGGCUCACCGUGGACUGGACCAAAGCCCGGGAGGAGCUGGAGCAGAAGGAGUCAGACUGGAGGAGAGAGGAGGAGUCUUUCCACAGCUACUUCAGCAGCGAACACGGCCGGCUGCUGAAGCUGUGGAGGCAAGUGGUUGGCUUCAGGAGGCACGUCUGCGAGAUGAAGAGCGCCACCGAAAGAGACUUGUCAGAAAUGCGAUCUGAGCUGGCCCGGAUGUCCCACUCGGCCCGGGUGUCCUGCUCUGGAUUGUCCACGUCGGUGGACAGUCGGGCGGCGGGAGAAAAGGCUCUGAGGGUUCAGCUGGAGCAGCAGCUGAGGGAGCGAGCGGCGGAGAUGAUGAGCCUUCAGAGCAGAGCCGAAGCAGAGAAAAGUGAGCUCAACGUCAGGUUGUCUGACGUGGUGCGAGAAUGUGAGAGACUGAAGGGACAAAUUGUGGAGCGAGACGCAGAAAUCUCCACUCUGACGCAGAGGUUCGAGGAGCAGAGUGGCAGCGAUGAGCCCGACACGCAGCUGAUUAAAGCUCAGUCUGAGAUGCUGCUGGACACGCUGAGAGACAUCGCUCAGAGCGUGUUGUCAGACGGGGAGUCGUCGUCAGAAGCCGACCAGGAUCGCUCUGCGGCCCCGCUCCUGGCGCUGAUCCGUGACGCCUCUGCUCGACGGUCCUCCUCUCCGUUAAAGAUGGCGACCGCUCCUCCGGCCUCCUCGCCGUCUCCGCUGCCUGACGCAGCUCUGUCCGCUCUCCGCUCAGCCGUCGCAAACAAGACGCUGCAGCUACAGGACGUCCGCGGCCGUCUGCUCUCUGCCCAGUCGUCCGUCCAGCAGCUUCGAAAGCAGCUUUCAGACUCCGAUUCGUCCAGACGAGACUCGGAGCAGCGGAACCAGGCGCUGCAGCGGGAAAGAGACGCAGCUCAGCGAGAGAGAGAGAACGCCCAGAAAGAGAAGGACCGUCUGAAGCAGGACCGGGACGCGCUGGCCAGCGAGAAGGCGAAGCUGGAGCAGAGCGUCCAGGCAGCGGAGAGCAGCGUCCAGAUGCUGCAGAUGGAGCGCGAGAAGCUGCAGCUGGCGCUGCUGGCGGCUCAGCGAGAGCGAGACGGCGAGAGGGAGGAGAAGGAGGCGGCCAAUCAGGAGAGAGACCGGGCCAAAGCUGAGACCCAGAGGAUACAGAAGCAGCGGGAUCUGAGUGAGAGCCGAGCAUCGGCUCAGAGAGGAGAGCUGUCUGCAGUGAGGGAGAGCCACCAGCAGGGGGAGGUAGAGAGGCAGCUUCUGCAGCGCGAGAAGGCCCAGCUGUCCGAAGCGCUGGCUCGGGCCGAGAGCUGCAGCACUGAGCUGUCACUGCAGCUCAGCAGGCUGCAGUCUGAGGAAGCGGCGCUCAGGGACUCUCUGGCAAAGAUGGGCGGCAUGAACGAGGCGCUGGCCCAGGACAAGGUGGACCUCAACAACUACAUCCUCCAGCUGGAGGAGGAGAAGCGCGUCCUGCUGGCUCAGCGCCGCGAGGCGGAGCAGGAGCGGCUGACCAUCAGGGACGAGCUGGUCCGUCUGGAGCAGGACCGGCUGGAGCUGGACGCCGGCCGCGUGGCGCUGCAGCAGGCGCUGCAGGACGCCGAGCAGAGCCGGGCCGGGACGGAGAGCGAGCUGCAGAGUCUCAGAGCGGAGAGGCUGCGGCUGCAGCAGAAGGUGACCCAGCUUUGUGCCGAGGUUGCGUCUCUGGGCUCGGAGCUGAGCCUGGCCCAGGGGGAGGGACAGAAGAAUGAGGCGGCGCUGGAGGAGGCGGGCCGCGGUCGGGCGGAUCUGGCCCGGGACAAAGCGGCUCUGGUGGUCCAGCUGACGGCGUCUGAAAGAGAGAACUCGGCGCUGUCAGAGGAACUGGCUGCUUUCAGGUCUGAGCGGGAGUCCCUGGAAACGGGUCUGUUUGAGGCGCAGCAGCAGCUGGCGCUGGUCGUGUCCCGCAGAGAUCAACUGGAGGCCGAGAACCAAGCGCUGAGCGCCCGCUGCGAGACGGCCGCAGCUGAGCUGAAGCGGUUGCGCUCAGACGAUGCGAUCGCCCUGGCGCAGGCAGAGAGAGAGAAGCAGACUCUAACUCAGUCCCUCGGCGCCGCGCAGCUGGAGGCUCAGCAGGCUUUACGCAAGGCCAUCUCCGAGCAUCAGGAGGAGGUGGAGAGGCUGGUCUCAGAGAAGGAAGUGGUGCGUCACAGCUUGCAGAUGGAGCAGGAAGCAGCUCUGAGGCGCUGCAGGCAGGAGAUGGACGACCAGCAGCAGAGAGCGAAGAGAGACAGAGAGGAGCUGCAGGAGCAGCUGAGGGCUCUGCAGCACGACCGAGACCAGAGUCUGCUGCAGGCCGAGACGGAGAAACAGCAGGCGCUCUCGCUGAAGGAGGCGGAGAAGGCGGUGUUGUGUGACAGAGUGUCGGGUCUGCAGGCGGAGCUGUCGGCUGCAGCUCUGGAGGCCGAGCGGACGGCCAGAGAAGCAGCUCAACUCAAAGAGCAGGAGCAGAUCAGAGUUGGCGCUCUGACCAGUGAGCUGCUGGAGCUUCGCUCUCGGCUGGACGAGGCGACGUCGGCUCAUCAAAGGGAACUCCACGCUCUGCAGGAACUCUGCACCGAUCUGCGCUCGCGAGCCGACGUCGCUCUCAAAGAGUUGGAGCAGUGCAGAGCUUCUCUGUCGGCGGUGGAGGAGAGCCGAGACCAGGUGAGGCGGAGCCUGCUGGAGGCCGAACGCCGUCUGAGCCAGACCCAGGAGGCGUCGGAGAACUGCAGGAGGGACGCGGCGGAGCAGCGGCGUGCCCUCAGUGACAUCACGAAGGAGAGGGACGCUCUGAGCCAGUCCAACACUCAGCUGAGAGGAACGCUGCGCAGCGCGGAGACGGAGAGGAUCAGUGUGAAGCGGCAGUGUGAGGAGAAGGAGCAGAGGCUGGCUGUGCUGGAGGAGAACCUGUCGUCGUCUCAGAAGGAAGUGACCGAGCUGCGCAGCUGUCUGAGAGAGGUCGAAAGGUCGCGCCUGGAGGCUCGGCGGGAGCUGCAGGAGCUCCGCAGGCAGCUGAAGGUUGUAGAUGCAGAGAAGGAGCAGAGAGGGAGGGAGGUGGCAGAGCUGCAGACUCGUCUGGUUCUGGAGGAGCAAAGAGAGGAGGAGCGAGGGAAGGAGGUCUUCUCCCUCAAGCAGAAGCUUGCUGAAGCUGAAACAGCCAGAGAGUCCAUCAAGAAGGAGCUCGCCCUGACCCAGAGGCGUCUGACGGAGUCCGAGUCCGGCUGGCGCAGCUGUGAGAGAGAGCUGACGGCUCAGCUGCAGGACGCCCGCGGCUGCGAGAAGAAGCUCCAGGACGAAGCCAAGAACCUGUCGCUGCGCGCUCAGGCCGCCCACGACGCCGCCGCCCUGUCCGGCCUGCAGCUGAGCGAGGCGCAGGGCCGGCUGGCCGCCACCGAGGCCGAGCUCACCCGGGCCGAGGCCGCCAGGAGGGAUCUGGAGUUUCGGCUGAGCGGCCUCCAGUCGGCGCUGACCCGGACGCUGGGCAUCGGGGCCAGCGGCAGGGGCUGCAGGGGGCGGAGUCCGGGAAGCAGCUCCACGUCACCGGGCAGCGUGUCGCGCCACCACAGCAUCUCGCCGCUGCGCUCCUCACUGUCGCCACCUAAAGAGUUUCGAGGAAGCACGCCGGACAACACGCUGGGUUCUGGUGCUGUUUCUCCAGAGAGAGGCGACACGCCGCUGCCUCAGUCUGAGCUCGACCCAGAUUCCCUGAGAAGCGGCCUCAGAGAUUUCCUCCAGGAGCUGCGGGACGCACAAAGAGAAAGGGAUGACGCUCGCUGCCAGCUGGGGGUCCUGCAGCGGGAGCUGGAGGAGCUGAAGGGGGAACGUGGCUCUGCUCAGAGCCGCUUCUCUCUGCUGCAGAGCUCUUUGCAGGAGCUACAAGAAGUGAGGCGUGGGCUGGAUGAGCGUCUGACCACCACUCAGAUCCUGCUGCAGCAGCAGGAGGAGGCGGUGAGGAGAGGAGACAGAGACAGGAGAGCCCUCUCCGACCGGGUGAAGGAGUUGGAGCGAUCGCUGCAGUCCUCAGAGGCGGAUAAGAAGCACACCCAGGAUCAGCUGAACAAGCAGCGGGCCGCCGAGGCGCGUCUGGAGGCGGAGAGGAAGCGCCUGCGGGAGGCGCUAGAGGCAGCCGAGGCUCGGGCCACCAGGGUGGAGCUGGGGAGGCGCAGCCUGGAGGGGGAGCUGCAGAGACUCAAGCUGAGUCUGGGGGACCGUGAGGCCGAGAGCCAGACGUCCCAGCAGCGCCACGACGCUCUGAUCAAACAGGUUGCAGAGAAAGAAGCUCGUGUUUCCCAGCUGCAGAGGGACGUCGACAGGCUGAGUCAGAACCUGCUGAAAGCUCAGGAAGGUGAAUCUGCUCUUAAGGAAAAGGCCGCCUCCCUCAGCCAGACCCUCCAGGAGGUGACGGCCUCCCACAGCGGCACGCAGAGCCGCCUGCUCGCCCUGCAGAAGACGCUCGGCUUGGCUGAGCAGGACAAGAGGCUCCUGCAGGAGCGACUGGAUGAAGCACGGGCAGCGCUGGCUGAAGGGAAGAGAAACAUGGCUGCCCUUACUGAGCGCGUGCAGAACCUGCAGAGUGAGCUGAGCCAGAGCGAGCUGCGGCGAGAAGAGCUGGAGGCCGAGCUCAGCAGCACCCAGGAGGCUCUGCGCCAGCGGUCGGCCAGCCUUGUGGAGGUCCAGCGGAGCGCCCAGCUGGUCCAGACGGAGCGGGCCGUCGUAGAGGAGCGACUGCGCGCGCUGCAGAGGGCGGUGGCUCUGCUGGAGACGGAGAAGAAGGAUGCAGAGAGGCAGGCGGUCAGGCUGGAGAAAGACAAGAACGCACUGAGGAACACGCUGGAUAAGGUUGAACGUCAGAAGCUGAAGUCCGAGGAGGGCAGCAUGCGGCUUUCUGCAGAGAGGAGCCGUCUGGAUCGCUCGCUGAACACGGCAGAGCAGGAACUUCAGGAAGCGCAGCAGCAAAUACUGAUGCUGCAGACGCAGCUGGCUGACAUGGAGCACUCACACAGCCUGUGUGAGAGUUUGGUGCAGCAGCGUGACGAGGUCCAGCGGGAGGCCGAGAAGAUGAGGAGCAGCCUCCGGGAUGCGGAGCGGACGCUGGGCACCAGGGAGCGAGCUCACCGCCACCGGGUCAAAGGCCUGGAGGAACAGGUUUCCACGCUGAAGGAGCAGCUGCAGCAGGAGAUUAAGCGACGGCAGCCGUCUCUCCCGGCAUCGCUGCUGUCCAAAUGAGACGCAGCUCAGAGAGGAAGAAACUGAUUCAGGGAAAACUCCUCGCUAAUGUAAAAACUCUAACUCAAAUUAAUCCGUACUGUGACUCCAAACGCAGCUUACUGUGGCUGUGGAGAUCAUUUUUGAUUCUUGAGGUGCUUCCCUGACGCUUGGAGCAGCAACCGACAACCAAACGAAGCACAAUCAUGCGAGAAUGCCUUAAAACCUCCAGCAAACCACUAAUCGCUCCUUAAACAUCUGGAAUCGGUCCUGGCUGAACAUCUUCUCAAACUUUCUGCUGGUUUUUAUGAAAAAAUUAAAAUCGUUUCAAGAUUUCUCUGCUGAGUUUGGACAUUUGGCAGGAUUUAAAAUUUUUAAGAUUAUUUACAAUCAUUAAAGGACAAAGAAUAUGUAUUUAUAAGCACCAUAAAGUGAAGUGCACUGUUUGUUCUCGUAGAAACAGAUUUAACUAAUUAUCUAAUGUUGGAUAAAACCCUAUUUUAUACUUUACUGCGUUAUUUUUUUAGGAGCCAGUAUUAUUGUCCACAUGUAGUUUUUUCCUUGCUGUACGAACACUGACGACAAACUACAUCAGUCACAUUUGAGUUUAAAUGAAUAUUAAAGCCAUGUUUUCUGGAGAGUGCAAGAAGAAAUGUAGGAGUGGCAGCAUCAUGCUGUGGGGAUGAUUUUUAUCACAGGUCCACAUCAGCAGGGUUUCUCUUUUUGUAACAAGCAUCGUCUUUGUUAGGAUAAAUAGAUAAAAUAAGUAUGUCCAUCUUAAUACUUUUAGUACAGAAGGUAAAGAUUAGAACUGCUUGGUUUGGUUUAUGUGUAAAAUCUAAAAUUGGACAAAUACUUGCAUGAGUUGGAAUAAGAAGAGGAAAAUCUUAAAAAGAGCUAUAAGAUCACCUUGAUAAUUUACAAUAAAAGGUGAAUUUGU